CGAGGUAUGAUUUUGUGUUUUCGAUCGAAACAGGAGGAUGAAUUUAAAAACUCUGGAUUCUGGAAGCGCAUAUGCGACAUGAUUUCUCGUGAUCUACAGUCUCGAGAAGUUUAUUCGGCACUGGCACUGUUUGUUCACAGGGUAUUCAAGUGCCUCAGAUUUGGAGUCCCGGUUUUGAGCUCCAAGCAUUCUCGCCACUGACGAGAAGAUCAUAUGGUUUCUCGAAUAAAAAUGUUCUAAAGCUCUGACAAUGUUGCUCAAUGGCGUCCACGAAUGAGAAAGAAGGAUGCGUGGGAAAGACGAUCUAGCUCAGCUUGGCCCGCCAAACUCAGCACCGAGCUUGCUAAGAUCUUCGACAGUGAGACGGCCUCUACGACGGUCUCGCUCGAUCUCUCCGACCAAUGCCGGCAGAAUUCCAGGUCCACUGUUGCCCGCUAUCAGACGGUUCAACGCCUCUACAGCAACGAGCUCCUCCCCUGAUGCAGUCACUUCCAGGCCUGGAAAGGUUUCGAAGAAGGGGGAAGCAGCAAAAGAGUCUGGAAAAACAGUGGUUUCCUGGAAUGCGGAUCUACUUCACAAAGACGACCCCGAGCUUGAGAAGCCAGGAAGAGAAUCACUGCCUCAGCCGGUCCUUUCAGCGGAAGAACUUCCUGGUCUAUGUCCUGAGGGAGUACACAAUUUUUCGAGUGAUCUUGCUACAAGGAUCAACAUUCCGAAGCAUGCAACAGUGCCGGCCGUGAGUUUGGAAACAAAGAGAUCCUACCUAUGGCCUACGACGUUUAUAUUGCUAUCCAUCGCAUGCUCAGUUGUUCUUUUGUAUGCCUUGGCUAUGCGGGACCAGGCAGUUCAUCUGGAGCAAGAGGUGGCUAAAACCAGGAAAGAGCUGACAGAAUGCAGCGUACGAGUCAAGUUUUGCAGAGAGGUUGAAACAAUCGAUCCGCAGAUUAUCCGGGAAGUAGAAACUGAGGUAGAAGUGUUGCGUACGAGAGGAAUUAGAAACUAUGCCUUGCUCCUUUCCAGUUUUUUCCUGGUCAUGCCGUUUCUCCUGCAUAAGUUUCUCGAUCAGAUUCCCAAGCUUGGGCUGAGUGACAGAAGCAACGAAGAAGAGGUCCCAUUGAGUACGAGGUUAGCUUACAGGGUAGACGUCGUUUUUUCUUCUUUUUCUUACGUGAAGCCGCUAGCACUGUUGCUGGCAACUCUAGUGCUUAUAGUCGUAGGGGGAUUAGCACUGUAUGCCGUUAGCCAGGAUAGCAUUUGGGAUGCCUUUUGGAGGGCGUGGACUUAUGUUGCAGACUCUGGAAAUCACGCAGACAACAUCGGUUUUGGUCCGAGAUUUGUUUCGGUCUGCAUCAGCUUGGGAGGACUUCUUAUUUUUGCUCUCAUGUUGGGACUCGUUUCGGACGCCAUUUCAGAGAAGGUGGACUCGCUCAAGAAAGGCAAAAGCGAAGUUAUAGAGAGUAACCAUACACUGGUUCUUGGAUGGAGUGAUAAAUUGGGAUCGCUCUUGAAACAAUUAGCAAUUGCAAAUCAGAGUUUAGGUGGCAGCAUUGUCGUUGUACUGGCAGAGCGAGAUAAGGAGCAAAUGGAGAUUGACAUAGCAAAGUUGGAGUUUGAUUUCAUGGGAACUUCAGUAAUAUGCAGAAGUGGUAGUCCUCUCAUUAUGGCCGACCUCAAGAAGGUUUCAGUUUCUAAAGCGCGUUCAAUUAUAGUUCUUGCAGAAGUCGAGAAUGCGGAUCAGAGUGACGCGCGAGCAUUACGUGUGGUGCUAAGCCUUGCCGGAGUCAAGGAAGGGCUCAAGGGACAUGUUGUAGUAGAGCUAAGCGACAUCGACAACGAACCACUGGUGAAGCUCGUCGGUGGAGAAAUGGUAGAGACAGUAGUAGCACAUGACGUGAUUGGCCGCCUUAUGAUCCAAUGUGCAAGACAACCGGGACUUGCUCAGAUCUGGGAGGACAUACUCGGGUUUGACAACGCCGAGUUCUACAUCAAAAGGUGGCCUCAGCUGGAUGGCCUGAACUUCAAAGACGUUUUGAUCAGCUUCCCGGAUGCUGUACCUUGUGGAGUGAAAGCAGCCUCCAAUGGCCGCAUUCUUCUCAACCCGGAAGACGACUACAUACUACUUGAAGGGGACGAGCUUCUGGUUAUUGCAGAAGAUGACGACACUUACGCACCAGCUCCUGUGCCAAAGGUUGAAAAUGUUUCACCUGAACUAGACGUUUGUCGAAAGCCAAAGGUCCCAAAGAAGAUGCUUCUCUGUGGUUGGCGCCGUGAUGUUGAGGAUAUGAUUAUGGUGCGAGCGGGACCUCUGCCGAAAGUCAUGUCACACCGAAAGUAUCCUGAGAAGGUUUUGUUUUGUGGUUGGAGACGAGACAUGGAUGACAUGAUAAUGGUACUGGAAGCUUUCCUUGCCCAAGGUUCCGAGUUAUGGAUGUUUAGCGAAGUCCCCGAGCAUGAGAGGGAGAAGAAACUGUUGGAUGGUGGACUUGAUCCGCAGUUGUUGUUUAAUAUCAAGCUCGUACACCGCGAGGGAAAUGCGGUCAUUCGUCGUCACCUUGAAAGUCUUCCUUUGGAAACGUUUGAUUCGAUUUUGAUCCUGGCAGAUGAGGCUCUGGAAGAGUCUGUUGUUAAAGCAGAUUCGCGCUCCUUAGCUACGCUGCUAUUGAUUCGAGAUAUUCAGUCCAAACGGCUGCCUUACAAAGAAACAAAAACUGUACAAAUUCGGCAAGCAGGCUCGAGUCACACAUCUUGGAUACGAGAAAUGGAGCAAGCUUCUAACAAGUCAAUCAUUAUCAGCGAGAUCCUUGACUCUAGAACAAGGCAUCUGGUCUCAGUCUCUAAGAUAGGUGAUUACGUGCUUUCUAAUGAGUUAGUGAGUAUGGCAUUAGCAAUGGUGGCUGAAGAUAAACAAAUCAACCGUGUCCUCGAAGAGCUUUUCUCUGAAGAGGGCAAUGAAUUAUACAUACGAACUGCAGCACUCUACUUGUAUGACCAAGAGGAGCUGAAUUUUUACGAGGUGAUGAUCCGUGCAAGGCAAAGACACGAGAUUAUCAUCGGUUACCGGCCUGCUGCAGCUGAGCGUGCCAUCAUAAAUCCACCAAACAAAGCUGAGCGUCGAACGUGGUCAAUAGAAGAUGUUAUGGUGGCAGUCGCAGAGGAGGAAUAACGAAACCAUAAGUGGACGUUUGCGAGUGCCGCGUAUGGUGACGAGCAGGAUCUUGCGUUGGGAUGCUCCAUGGCUUGUUGUGCAGCUGUUAUACCCAGGAGCUUUUCAC